UUUUGUCGUCUGACCACCUAUAAAUGGAUAAAAUCGCAAAGAGAAAACCUAACUGGUCAAACGAAGAGAUAGAGGUGUUGGUACAAGGUGUCACCGAUAACAUCAGACUGAUAAAAGGAAAAUUUACACCAUCGAUCACCAAUGAAGCAAAAAAUCGUUGCUGGGUCGAGAUAACGUCACAGGUAAAUGCAGUAAACUGUUCCAAUUUUGAGAGGGAGGUGUGCGACGUAAAGAAGAAAUGGCAGGAUUUGAGCUCCCAAAUCAAAAAACGUGAAGCUGAGAAGAGAAGAGGGCUCCAUGCCACUGGAGGAGGCCCUGGUGUUCUUGUUGAGGAGUUAAAAUCAUGGGAACAGAAGAUUGUUGGAACAAUAUCAAAGUCCUCGCUGGAAGGGGUGUCAGGAGGGGUGGACACCUCAGCUCCAUCACAAAGUCUGAUUAUGGAGAAGGAACUAUCAUAUGUGUUUGAAGCAUCCCCUGCCUCCACCACGCAAAUGAAACCCUCUAUUCCAGAAAGUGCUUGUAGUGAGGAUGUCCAGCAGGAAGAACAGUUUGAGACAGUGGUCUUUGCCAAUUCAAUGCCGGAUGUUAACCCUGGACAAAUAUGCCCAUCUUCAAGAAAGCAGAAUAAACGGAAGAGACCAUAUAUUUCAGGUGAUGAAUCACACAACCUUAGAAGAGAAUUUCUUGAUGGAGAAAGAGAAAAAAACAAGACUGCGGAGGACUACAGAAAGAAGAAGAUUUCAUUGCUGGAGAAAAUUGUUCAACAGCAGAGCGAGCUUAUAGAGAUACAGAGGAGAACAACAACCGCUCUGGAAGUCAUAGCUACGAAAUUUCAUGAGUCAACUCAGUCUCUCUCGCCAUAUUCACUUUCACCUGUUAUAAAAUUUAGUUAAUACAUGUAGUUUAAUCCUUACAAAUUUUAAGUGAGUUUAAAGUAUUUGAUGCAAUAACAUAGGUAUACAGUGGACCCCGCUUAAUAUAAUAUUUAUUUUGUCAGGCAAAAUUAUUAUAUUAACUGGACUAAAAUAAUAAUCGAACCUAGCUAAAUUCAAUGUGAGUAAGUAUGACAUGUGACUAUUUACGUUCUGUAUUACUAUCUUAAUCUAGAAAGGGUAAUUUCCAAUGCAAUUGAUGAUUUGUUCUAUAAAUUUAUCUUUAUUGCAUCAAAAAAGUUAAUAUUAUUUAUAAAAUUAACUAUA